UUUUCUGGCUUUGUGCUUUUUGUUUUACUUUGAUUGCUUCUCUACUUUUAUUUCUGAUAAAAUGUUCUCACUUGUGCUGACUAGUCUUCUUAGACUGAAUUAGGCUCCUUCUGCCCUCUCUUCCAGGACUUGUACUAAUGGAAGAAGCAUAUGGCAUCUGUAAAGUUAAAUGCUACUCCCCCCCUCCACUUGGACCUUCUGCUUGAGACCUGCAUGUGACUUUUCACCUGCGAUCUACACUUUUUGUAUCUACUGACUUUGAUUACAGGAGAGUGUCUGAAGAUUUGUAUCAAAUGACGUCAAUGGCCAGCUUGUUUUCUUUCACUAGUCCAGCCGUGAAGCGAUUGUUGGGCUGGAAACAAGGUGACGAGGAAGAAAAAUGGGCAGAAAAGGCAGUGGAUGCUUUAGUGAAAAAGCUGAAGAAGAAGAAGGGUGCCAUGGAAGAGUUGGAGAAAGCCUUGAGCAGCCCAGGACAGCCAAGCAAGUGUGUCACUAUCCCCCGGUCCUUGGAUGGACGUCUGCAAGUUUCUCACAGGAAAGGCUUACCCCACGUUAUAUAUUGCCGUGUUUGGCGCUGGCCAGAUUUGCAGAGCCAUCAUGAGCUAAAACCAUUGGAUAUUUGUGAAUUUCCUUUUGGAUCUAAGCAAAAGGAAGUUUGUAUCAAUCCGUACCACUAUAAGAGAGUGGAGAGUCCAGUCUUACCUCCAGUGUUAGUGCCUCGUCACAACGAGUUCAAUCCACAGCACAGCCUUCUGGUUCAGUUCAGGAACCUGAGCCACAAUGAACCGCACAUGCCACAGAACGCCACGUUUCCCGAGUCUUUCCACCAGCCCAACAGCACUCCUUUCCCCUUGUCUCCUAACAGCCCUUACCCGCCUUCCCCUGCUAGUAGCACAUAUCCCAACUCCCCAGCAAGCUCUGGACCCGGAAGUCCUUUUCAACUCCCAGCUGAUACACCUCCCCCUGCCUAUAUGCCACCGGAUGAUCAGAUGGGUCAGGAUAAUUCCCAGCCUAUGGAGACCAGCAGCAACAUGAUUCCUCAGAUCAUGCCCAGCAUAUCCAGCAGAGAUGUUCAGCCUGUUGCCUAUGAAGAGCCCAAACACUGGUGUUCAAUUGUCUACUAUGAACUGAACAACCGUGUCGGGGAAGCUUUCCAUGCGUCGUCGACUAGUGUACUAGUAGAUGGAUUCACAGACCCUUCAAAUAACAAAAGUAGAUUCUGCUUGGGAUUGUUGUCAAAUGUUAAUCGUAAUUCAACUAUUGAAAACACUAGGCGACAUAUUGGAAAAGGUGUUCAUCUAUACUACGUUGGUGGGGAGGUGUAUGCCGAGUGUCUCAGUGACAGCAGCAUCUUUGUUCAGAGUAGGAACUGCAACUUUCACCAUGGCUUCCACCCCACGACUGUCUGUAAGAUCCCCAGCAGCUGCAGUCUCAAAAUCUUUAACAAUCAGGAGUUUGCUCAGCUUCUGGCUCAGUCAGUCAACCAUGGGUUCGAGGCCGUGUAUGAGCUCACCAAGAUGUGUACCAUUCGGAUGAGCUUUGUCAAGGGUUGGGGAGCGGAGUACCACCGACAGGACGUCACCAGUACACCAUGCUGGAUAGAGAUUCACCUCCAUGGGCCUCUGCAGUGGCUGGAUAAAGUCCUGACACAGAUGGGCUCUCCGCUGAACCCCAUUUCUUCUGUCUCAUAGUGCAGAAGUAUUCUUUUCAACUCUAUUUUUAGUGGACUUGUUUUAAUUUUAGAGGAAUUUCCAGUACAGAUACUGUGAGCUGACAUGGAAAAACAGAUAUUAUGGCUUAUUUUUUCUACGUAAUUGUGACCAACACAUUUGUAUUUUAUGAUGAUAUUACAUUUGUUUGUAUUCGUGUUCAUUGUGAUUAACUUUCAAAAGUACUAUCAACAAUGUAAAGUAUUCUGCCCCUGUUGAAAAGCUUAGCAUUGAUCUUCAACUGGAACGUGCUUCUGCUUAUUGUCCCAACAGUUUUUUUAUUUGAUAAUUUUUUACAAAGCAGUACAUCACAUAAUGAAAUUUUAUCCUUUAAGAGAGCAUAUAUUGUGGGAAGUAGAAGACGAUAUUCCUCUGGGAAUUUCUUUGUCCUGCCACCUUUGAAAAAGCAUAUAUUGUUUUGCAAAAACUUAAAGUAGGGGCUUAAAGGAAACUAUUGAAUCUUAUUUGAAGGAUACUGCAAUCCUAACAUGGUGUUCAGUGAAAGCAAGGUGGUCGAUUUCUGGAUGCCAUACAUUUACAUUUAAUAUAGCUAAGUGUUCGUCAGUAUAAUGGGACUUCAUGCUGUAUAUCUUUUGUAAAACAUUUCCUUUUUUAAAAUCUCAAGUAUUUGUCAUUUACUCACGUUUGUCAGAAUUCCUAUUUAACAGCUAGUUACUGUGUGCUCCGUGGCUGCGUUCAGCUUUGGUUGCUGCUUUGGGCCCAUAUGUCAAGAACUCUAACUUUACUGUGUAUUAAUCUUUUCAUUUUGCACUUUUAUGGGUGACUGUCUUAGUGUAGCCUCUGGUAAAGUGCUGGAGGUGACGGGGUCUGAGGCCCUCUCUGCUUCUUGGCUCUCCUUUGGACAACACUGCCUUUAGAUGACAGCUGGGAGCUGUGCUGCCUUUCUAGCCUUUACAUUUCAUUUAGUUUAUAACGUUGUUAUCUAUAGCUCUAGCUAAGGUGCCUGUUAACACACUACAAUGUUAUAAGUGUUACUGAUAUUGAAAGAUCAUGUACGAAUAGCUUUGCUGUGUACCAGACUUGUCAUAUGAGGACCUAUGCAGUAUAGCCAUCAGAGGCUCUUUGGUUGGCCCAAGAGUGAGGCUGUUGGUAUAAAUGAAUCACAGUGAAGGUUGGGAUAGUUUAUAUCAAAUGUCAUAAGGCAAAGAGUGUAGGCCUGUCUCUCUGCAUCAAUGCUCUGCCUCUUUUUUUUAUCCUUUUAGAACCUACAUGGAUGCUAAUCUCCAGAACACUGUCGGAUUUGAACAAUCUUAAGACACACAUUUGGUUCACUGUGCCUUGACCUUAGGACUUGUAACCACUUUCUAGGGAGCAGUCAGGUAGACAGUUAUGGCCUGGGAAUGAAGACACUACUUUGAUAAAGAAAAAGGCUUAAUUUGCCUAUCAGAGUGAGAAAUUUUAUUUUCUGGUGCCUUUUGAAAAUAUACAGAACUACUUUGUUCUUCUGCUGAAAGUUAUUUUGGUUUGACUUUUUACAGUGCCCUUCUUGCCUUUAUGAGGAACACAGCUUUUGGUGGGGGAAGAGAUGAUUCCUUUUGUUUUCUGUGUCAUUAUUUAUUGCCUUUCAGAGUGCAGCCAUUGGGUGGCUUUGCUCCUUCAGAGGGGGUGCCUUGCUGGCCUUCAGUAGCUUGAGCUGUAAACAUAAGUAUUCCAUAGUAUGAGUGUGUCAGCCCCAUGACAGAGGGAUGUCCACUUUAUACUGGAGUGCAGACACUGCUCAUUGUGUAUUUAGCAGGCUCAUGGCAGCCUUUAAGAACAAGUUUGUAGGAAUAUAUCUCGAGUUGAAUGACAGGUGGUACAUGUCUGUGAGCUUUAGUGAUGCCUGGAAACACGUGGCUUGCUUGUACCUUUUUUCAGCAGUGGGUUACAUGUUGUUUCUCCAGUCAUCAUAUCACGGGCCUCAGGCUUGUAGAGUCCUGUGUGAUCUGCUAUCUGUACCAUGGCAGGACUGAAGCUCUUAGUUGUUCUUAGUUUCAUGGGGAAAUCCCAACCUGUUCCACAACUGUUGUACACUCUGUAAAUGGAGACUGUGUAUUCUUCUGGCUUCUGUGCUGUCUGAGGAUAUACAUACGUCUGUGGGCUACCAGACCAGUGCAGUGCUGGUACAGUGCCUCUCUGAGAUGGCUGUCAUGGAGCGCAUGCUGGCCCUGAGUGUGCUGAGCUGUUUGAGCUCGCCACCCUCCGUCUCUGCCUCUGAAGUGCUAGGAUGAGGGACAUUCACCAUCAUACCCGGCUUCUGUCAUCCUAAGGAUUAGUGUCAGACUUCACACAUGCUAGGUAAGGACUCUGCCGACUCAAUGACACAUCCCUAGUUCAGCAAUCACAUUUUAGCAUCCAAAAUACAUUAAUAUCUGCCAGGGAAAAAGAUAGAUUUGCAAAUAAUAAAGAUCGCCAUCAGUUUGAUAAAUUGUGCAAAUGGAAGAAUCAAAAUCUCAGCAAUGAGUUACAGCAACAAGUUGCUGGCUAGAAAAAGCAGGACCAAGAGGUACAUUUGACUAGUAUACCUUCAGGGUAGCAUGAUGACCUGCUGCUGUCACCAAACUGAAUUUAAGGGCUGUAAGUAGGCAUGCUGUGGGCCUUCCAGAAUUAGAGAAAAUUGGAAGAGGAAAUCAGUUUUAAAAUAGUAAAAGCUGGGUAAUGGUGUCACAUGCCUUUAAUUCCAGCACUCUGGAAGCAGAGGCAAGCAGGUCUCUGUUUGAGGCUAGCCUGGUCUACAGAACAACUUCUACACAGAGAAACUGUCUUGGAGGGAAAAAAAGAAAAAAGAAAAGUAAAAUAGCAAACAAAUAGAACAGGGUAUGAAUCCUCCCCUCCCCCUUUCUAUGUUUCAUGGUUUCUGGUAUAAGAGAAGUAGUCGUAGACGUGGCUAAGUUGCUAAGGUGAAACCAGUAGUAAGAUUGCUAAAUAUAACACUUCAACAGGCUACCCUAAUGAUGCAGAGAGGAGAUGUGCCAUUUUCAUAACAUUUGCAAACUGGACACCCUUUGGGGACGUGAGUGACAGUAAUGUUGCAAUGUGAAAUGAACUGUAAGAGUAAGACUUGGGGGUUACCUCGCAUUCUCCAUACUGCCUGAGAGGACUGUCGGAGAUUUCCGUCCCCUGCCAGUAGUGCCUUUGUGAGGAGAGAGUGGAUGAAGAAAUGAAGUCUUACUGGUCCAGGGCAUGCCUGUCAGUGGUGUCAUUGGUGCUUCUGUGCAGAGAGCACAAGCGGCUCAGCUCUGUGUCUUCACACCUUGUCUGCUCAUUUGGCUAGCAGUACUUGGGUCCCUGUCACUGGCCUCUCUUAAAGUCCUGUCUCUUUGCUUCCUGAAGACUCUCAAAAAUAUUAUUUUUUAUUACUUUAAAAAGUUGUUUUUGUUGUUUUGAGACACACUCUCUGUACAGUCCUGACUGGCCUGGAAAUUACUCUGUAGGCCAGCCUCAAACUUGAAGUAAUUCUCUUGCCUCUGCCUCUGGAGUUCUGGGAUUGCAAGCUUGUACUGCUGAGUACAGUGACCUCUGAUGAUUUUUAAAAUUCAGCCCCUGGUGAUGGUUUGGUUUUAGAUCUGUUAGCUUUGUCUGAACCUUUCUUUGUCCUGCCAAGUAAAUCCUCUGCUAUCUGGGGUCUCAGGAGAAAUGUUUGUUCUCAGUAUAAACACAGCUAAAUAUUGGUGGUUUAUAGGUGGCCUUAGAUAGUAGCGAGAACAUCUUUUUUUAAAGGAAUCUCCAGUUAGGUGGGUAUUUCUCUCACAGCAGUAGGAUCUUCCCCUUUGGAAGAUACCAGUUCUUACAAGUUUUUCUUGUUAAAAUAAUACAUUUAUGGGAAGUGAAAUUUAAGGCUUUGGUUCUACACUAACAGAAUUCUAUUUGAUGGACAACUUGGACAGUUCUGUGGACUUAAGUGGAUUCCAGUGUGCUGAGAGGAAGGAUAGCAGUAUUUAAGCGUGUCAUCAGGCCUUGCUCAUCUCCCUGUCUAGGGCUAUAAGUCAAUGCUAGAGCACUUAGUAGGCGUAAAGCCCAGUGUUUGGUGCCCAGCACUGCACAGAACUCAGGUUACACCUGUACUGAAAUUGACCACCUACAACUGGAUGAUAUGCCAGGAUGACGAUGUGAAAGGAGAUUCACAGUGAUGUGUUUAGAAACAAGAAUGUAUGUUAAUACAUUGAACUGGUGACAGUUGCUGUUUAGUUAGUGACCUCUUCCCCAGCAAAGAGUCCUAGAGCAGACUGUCCUCAGAAGAGAAGCGACUGGCGUACUCCUUGUCCAGAUAACUUUGUUUUUAAAUCGGCAUAAAUAGUUAUCCUUUAAGGGUUUUUUUGAAGUUAUUACUCUUUUUAAAAAGUUAAAUUUUUUGUGUGCAGUGGGCACAUGCUUGCCCUCUCCCCUCCCUGCCAUAGUCAUGCCUUUCUCGCUGUGAACUGGUGUCAGCUACAACACUCCAGUUAGGGCAGAGUCCCAAGCUCUUUGAGAGGUCUUGUAGAGCGCCGUGCUCUCGUGCUACUGUCGGUGGAGCUGCUGCUUCGCCUUCUCAGAGAGGCGCUGAAGCAUAGGGAGCCUUAGGCAUGACGGUUGGGCAGUGUACUCCACCACGGCUGGUAGAGCUGCGGUUUAAUUGUACUUUCUUAAUUCAGCUAAGAAUGUCAUACAGAGAGCGGGUGCUUGUGUCCACCUGUCUGCCGUCUCCCAGAAGAGGCUUCACACGUGGGUGAUGCAGGGGCUUCACAUGUGGGCGAUGCCAAGCACAUGGAUGGCUACACUGCAGGUCUGCUGUGGAUUGGGUCUGCUUCUGUUCACGUCGUAGAAGACUACACUAGCAGCGUGCUUCCGCUCUGCUGCCUUUUGAUACUUAUAACAUGUAUUAGGUUUUACUGUAUUGUGCUUCUCAAAGCCAUAAUUCUUAAGAAAUUUGUUUUUGCAUAUCGUUUGCUAAUACUUUGUUUUAAUAAACCUCAAAAUCUGCUUA